CAACCCAAACCCUAACCGCCGCCUCCUCGCCUCUGGCUGCCAUGGGUUUCGAUCGCCGGAAGGCGGCGGCGCUGGCCGCGCUCGCCUCGCCGGCGCCGGACAAGUCGCCGAAGGGCGGCGUCGACGCGCCCAUAGCGCCGCUCCUCGACGCCAUCAACUCCCACCCGGACCUCUUCACCACCUCCUCCUGCUCCGGCCGCGUCUCCGUCCUCGCGCAGCCGCCGCCCGCGCCGCAGGGCGAGGCCAAGGCCAAGAAGAAGGCGCGGGGCGGCGGGUGGGUGUACGUCUCGCACGACCCCGCCGACCCGGAGGCCCUGGUGGAGCUGCUGUUCGGUGGGAAGGAAGAGGGAGGGGGAGCGGGAGGGGGAGGUGAUGAGCUGGUGUUCAGGUUCGAGCCGAUGAUAGUGGCCGUGGAGUGCAGGGACGCGGCUGCGGCGGCGGCGCUCGUGUCUACCGCUGUUGCCGCGGGGUUCCGUGAGUCAGGCAUCACAAGCUUGGUGAAACGUGUGAUGGUUGCAUUGAGAUGCUCAAUUAGGAUGGAGGUGCCGCUAGGGCAGACUGAAGAGCUAGUUGUGUCACCUGAUUAUAUUAGGUACCUUGUUAGAAUAGCCAACAGUAAAAUGGAGGCUAACAAGAAACGAAUGGAUGGAUUUCUGGAUCUUUUGCAGAUUAAGGGUCUCCUAGGUUCAUCCAAAGGAUGUGUGACUGCAAAUAAUGAAUCCUUAGUUACAAAACGGAGCAGUGAUAGCUAUAAUGGUGAUGCUGAUAAUGAUUGUGACAAUGGAUUUGGGGAGAGUUCACUAGAAGCAUCAUAUUUGGAGAGUCAAGACCCUGUACUUCAAAAUGGUGCCAAGCAUGGUUUUGGUAAUGCUAAACGAUUAACACAAAAGGAAGGAUUGCCAACAUUAUCAGGAAACACAAGUCACUACCUUUCUACUGCUGCAUUGGAGAUUACUGGUGAACCGGUUGAAAAGCUCUUCUUAUGGGGACAAUCUGCUUGCCCACUAACUGUUGGAAGAGAGCACCAUAUCCUAACUUUUGGUGGUUUUGGAGGGCCAGGAAGGCAUGCAAGAAGAAACUACUCUCUUCUUCUUAAUCAUAGAUCAGGAUUGCUGACAGAAUUAAAGGUUACCGAAUCACCUUCUCCACGGAUGGGCCAUACAGUUACUGUAGUAGGCCAUGAUAUUUAUGUUGUUGGAGGUAGAGGUGGUCCUUCAGAAAUUCUUAAUGAUGUCUGGGUUUUGGAAAGCACUAAGAAUAUAUGGUCAAACGUGGACUGCACUGGGGAUCUUUUGCGUCCAAGGCACCGACAUGCUGCUGCUGCAGUAGAUCACAAAUUGUAUGUGUUUGGUGGACUAAGUGAUGAUGGCAUAUGUUCUUGCAUGAACAUAAUGGACACAGAAAGUACCCAAUGGAAUGUGAUUUCUUCUGAUGAAAAAUGGCCAUGUGCUCGCCACUCGCAUUCUCUAGUGUCAUAUGGUUCAAAAUUGUUUAUGCUUGGAGGACAUGAUGGCCAGAGGGCACUGAAUGAUUUCUAUAGUUUUGAUACAACAACACUUAAGUGGAACAAAGAAAACACUAAUGGGAAGGCUCCAUCCCCUAGAUUCUCACAUUGCAUGUUCAUCUACAAAGAUUAUCUCGGGAUACUUGGAGGUUGUCCUAUUAGAGAGAGCAGUCAAGAAAUUGCAUUGCUAAAUUUAAAGCAUAAAGUGUGGUUUUACGUAUCCAUUCCAUCAUUGAGCCAAUGCCUGUGUGUCCGUAGCUCAUCAGUCAUUAUUUAUGAUGAUCUUGUCAUUGUUGGUGGUGGUGCAUCUUGCUAUGCAUUUGGAACUAGAUUUAGUCAGCCAAUAAAAAUUGAUCUGCAUUUGCUGGAGCCUAUAUUUAAACUUGCAUACAGCAAGGACAAAGAAAUGGCUGUAGAACACGAUUCAGUGUCGACUAUAGAUUUAGAAGGACACGAGGAAAAUUGCAUCCCCAGUCACAAUGUGAAGGCUGUGAUUGAUACUGCCGCUCUGGUUUCAGCUCCUUUGGUCCUUCAGCUAGAAAAGAAGUAUGCCAAAUUAUCAAAAGAUAUUCUAAAAAAGUUUGGAUGGUUGGAUAUCACUAGAAAAGCUCGAGUAAGCGGGGAUAACAUCCAUGUUCUCUUUCCUGUUACUAAAACCUUUCACACCCUAAUUGCUGAUAAGGAUAUCAAGAUACAACCUGAUGAUUCAUGUAUCUUUGAAGAACAGUUAGCAUUAUCUGAACGUAAGCUUGUUGGGGCCAACAUUUCUCUUGAGAAAGCAUUAGAAAUUUUGGUUUUGUGCCAUGGUUCCAUUUUGAAAGAUGAACUAGCGAUCAGCCGCAAAGCUUCUAAAACUCCUCAAGUCAUCAUGAGAGAGCUUGUGUCUUCUCUAUUGGAUAGAAAAGGAUUGCCCUUCGAAUUAUUGGAACAGCUGCCAACUAGGUGGGAAACUCUUGGUGAUAUUACUGUGCUACCGAAAACAUGCUUUAAGGAUCCACUGUGGGAAUCAGUUAGAGAGGAUCUUUGGCCACUAGUUGCCAAGUCACUUGGGGCACAACGCCUUGCACGCCAAGGUAAAAUUGCACCAAAUGGCACAAGAGAUAGCACACUAGAACUUCUCGUGGGCAACAAUGGGUGGUUGACACAUCAUGAAAAUGGCAUCUAUUACUCACUUGAUGCAACAAAAUGCAUGUUUUCUUCUGGUAAUCGCUCUGAGAAGCUUCGCAUGGGGAAGCUUGAUUGUAGGGAUGAAGUGGUGGUGGACUUGUUUGCUGGGAUUGGAUACUUUGUUCUCCCAUUUCUUGUGAAGGCUAAUGCCAAGUUAGUUUAUGCGUGUGAAUGGAAUCCACAUGCCUUGGAGGCUCUUCGGCGUAAUGUCAUGGACAACCAUGUGGCAGAUCGAUGUAUUAUACUUGAAGGAGAUAACCGUAUGACAGCACCUAAAGGGAUUGCUGACCGUGUUUGUCUUGGGCUGUUGCCCUCAAGUGAAUGUAGCUGGGACACUGCCGUGAGGGCUUUAAGGGCUGAAGGUGGCAUGUUGCACAUACAUGGGAACGUCAACGACUCUGAUGAGACAUGCUGGCUGGACAAAGCUGUUGAGUCCAUCUGUAAUAUUGCCAAAACACAAGGACUAUCGUGGAACGUCACGGUGGAGCAUGUCGAACGCGUCAAAUGGUACGGGCCACAUAUUCGACACCUAGUGGUUGAUGUCAAGUGCCGUCCAACCUAACAAAGCAAACACUUGUCCAAAAAUCCAUGUACCGUGUAGGUUAUGCUGUAUAACAAUUUUGCUUGCUACAUUAGCUAAUUAAACAACAGAAAUAAACCCUGUGUUGUAAACUUGUACGAGUAAUUCAGAAGGUUCAAAGAUAUAUUUCUGAACAUUUGCGAUUGCACAGCUAGCUAGCCUGCUGUAUACACCAUACAAAAAUGUAUUUUUUUUCUGCUACCAAAUUAGCUGAAGCAAAUGUGAUGGAUGGUAUUCACACUAAUUUAACAGGAAAAAUGAGAUG